AGCCCGCCUCCAGCCUCGACCCGCUCACUAACUUAACAUGUUAAAAUGUAUACGGCCGGCUUUAACAUGAAACUUUAAUAAUAAGAUAGUUCAUAAAUCUUUGUGCGGUACCAAUCUGUUUUGUAGCUUUAAAAUGACCAGUUGAUCUAGUGCCGAAGAUAGAUAUGGAUUUAGAAAGAGUGCCAUAUACUUUUGGAUUUUAAAUUAUUGAUACCAGCAAUCACUCGUCGGGACAGAGGGUAAUCACCAAAGCUGUGUACGAGAGGAGUCUGGCGGCAUGGCGCGGCGAUGACGGGGCCGGCGCCGCGCGGCAUGCCUUGCUGACAUGGCACGCAGCCGCUCCGCCCUCCUUUCGCUGGCAGCUCUCGCAGCACUCGCCGGGUGUUGUGUGUGUGCGCCGCAAGGCAGUGUGCAGGGCGGCGUGCAGGGCGGCGCGCACGUCCCGCCCGGGGUGCCGCACUCGACCGCGCCGCCCGCUGGUGUCGGAGGAGUACGCAGAUUCAGUCAGUAUUCCAGAGGGCGAGGAUACCGAGACUGGCGUACACGUGGGGACCCAACACUCAUCAACUCACUCUGGCGCAGUCGGCAGCCACUCGGCAUUCGGAAGCAGCUAGGAAACGCAGAAGUGUACAUAGUACUAGCUCUGCUGAUAGGCUUCGUGACAGUAGUGGUAGGGUGCUGGCUGUCAGACAACUGCUGGUCGCCGGAGCCGGAGGACGCGCUGGCGGGCGGCUGACCCGUGGC